AGAGACAAAGCUUAUCCAGAAACUAAACUUGAAAUGAAGGUCUGAAGGCGAAAUUCUUCCAUUCGAAGAAGAUGGCUCUUCUCUGCUUCAAUUCUCUCUCUCCUCUCUCUUCUCUCUCUUCUUCUUCUUCUUCUCCGCGCCUUCAACUUUCGUCUUUCGCUUCACCAGUUUGUAGCCUUAAACCCAACGGCGUCGAGUCCAAGAACAGAGUCUCUCUCAGUGCUUACAACUUGAGCAGUAGCCAUGGAAGAUAUGCAAUUGUGAAGGCGGUUGCUUCUGGCGUGGACGGGGCUGAGCCCGAGAGCAAUGAGGAGCCAAACACUGUUGUUGCUGCUGUUCCAGUGGACAAACUACCAUUGGAAUCAAAAGAAGCUAAAGAGAAACAGCUGCUGGAACAGAGGAUGAAGAUGAAGUUGGCUAAGAAGAUUAGGCUGCGCAGGGCAAGGCUUCUUCGUAAGCGUAAGAUGAGGAAGAAGGGUCGAUGGCCACCUUCCAAGAUGAAGAAGCUGAAGAAUGUCUAAGAGACGACUCUAUGCUCUCUUUUUUUUUAAUUCAAUUUUUUUCUGUAAUGUUGUUUGUAACUUUCGGGAACAAUUUUAAUGGCUUUUCAAAUGCAACCAUUGCUUUUUGGAUUAA